CACAUGCUGCAGGAUUGAAAUGCAUACAGCAGUUUGAAACAAAAAAAGUCGUUUAAAAACUGGAGAGAAAAGCUACAAUUAAACCCUAAAGUGGUUUGAGCGCUGGAAUUAGACGUGGAAUGUGACGGCUGACGCUCUAAGGAACUACUUCCAACUUCUUGUCAGAACCGAAGAUAUCUUAGCGAGGGCAGAGCACAACACAAAACUUCUCAGGAGGAUCGGUCAGGUGAAUUCUUUCCUGCCAUCCCCUUGUGCUUUUGGAUCAAGUUUCCCUGAAGAAGAUGCCUUCCUCAUUGUGCCAAAUCUCCAGAGUCUCCACAUCGCUGUCUGGUUUUCUCACAUUCUUCAUUACUUUUCAUAUUUCCAAGGUGGAAUCAGCCCUGUUUACAGUUGUUGGACCUGAUCAGCCAGUCACUGCCAUUGUGGGGGAAGAGAUCAUAUUGCCAUGCCGCCUGUCCCCCAGCAUGAGCACUGAGAACAUGGAAAUGCGGUGGUUCCGGUCUGAGUUCACAAAGUAUGUUCAUCUGUACCGCGAUGGGAGAGAUCAGUUUGGAGGACAGAUGCCAGAAUACAGGACAAGGACAGCAUUUUGGAAAGAUGGCCUCACACAUGGAAAUGUUUCCUUGAGGAUUCUCAAUAUUGGGCUUUCAGAUGAAGGACAAUACACCUGCUUUGUUGAUGAUGGCAUUACUAAUGAAGAAGCUGUAAUAGCACUGAAGGUAGCAGCUUUAGGCUCUAAUCCUAUCAUCUCUGUGGAGGAUUACCAGAAUGGAGGGAUCCGCGUGACGUGUCGAUCAGCUGAGUGGUACCCAGAGCCCCAGGUGCUGUGGAGAAAUGCCCAGGGGCAUCAUAUACCAUCGCUUUCUGAAAUAAAAUCCCCAAAGGCAAAAGGCCUGUUUAAAACAGAAAUUUCUGUUGUCAUGAACAGACAUUCAAACCAGAAUUUGUCCUGUUGGGUCAGGAACAGCCUCCUCGACCGAGAGAAGGAAUCAGCAAUUUAUAUAUCAGCUUUAUUUUUUCCAAGUGUGAAUCCCUGGAUGGUGGCCCUGAGCGUGAUCCUGGUGGUUUUGUUAAGUUUCAUAAUCCUGAAUGUAUAUCUCUUCAGAAUAAAAGGAAACCUUCAAAAAGAACUUGGGUGGAAAAGAGCUGUGAUCUGUCCAGGGCUGGGACAAACUGCACUGCCUCUGGAAAAAGAGGACGUGACUCUGGACCCAGACACGGCUCAUCCCGAGCUCGUCCUGUCUGAGGAUGGGAAACGUGUGAAACGGACAGUCACACGGCAGGAUCUGCCCGACAAUCUUGAGAGAUUUGACACUUGGUGCUGUGUGCUGGGCCGUGAGGGAUUCACCUCCGGGAGACACUGGUGGGAGGUGGAGGUGGAGGUGGGGGAGGGGGGAUGGUGUGCCGUGGGGGUGGCCAGAGACUCUGUGAGGAGGAAGGGAUGGAUCAGAUUUAGCCCCAAGAAGGGGGUCUGGGGUGUGCGGCGCUAUUGGGGUAAGUACGAGGCUCUCACUGCCCCUCACCGCACCCCCCUGCCCCUGGACCGGGCGCCCAGCAGGGUGGGGAUGUAUCUGGACUGCACGUUGGGGCGGGUGUCGUUUCUCAAUGCUGACACCGGGGCCCUGAUCUUCACCUUCCCACCGGCCUCGUUCGCGGGGGGCAGGAUCCGGCCCUGGUUCUGGGUGCAGGACGGUGAAAUCAGGCUCAGGCGGCGCCAGUGAGAGGGAAAGGAAACGUGCCGGACAGGACCUGCUCGUUGUCCCCUCCGGCCUCAGUCGUGCUCAUGUCUGUGACCCUGGAGGACUCCUCUCGCUGCAGACGAUCAGCUGUGCCGUGUCCGUGGCCCUGGACGCGCAGGCUGGGUUUCUUCAUCCCCCGACCACGGUGAGCAGGACGUGGCUGAGCUGCACAGUUGUCUCUGCCCGUGUGUCGUUUCCUACAUGACCGAGGGGCCCUCGGAGGCCUGUGGGGUCCGGCACCCACGGGUGCGGCUGCGGGGGGUCGGGGGAGGGGCGGCGAAGAGGAGGCACCAAAACCCAGGCCCGGUUGUGUUGGGAAAUGCAGUUGGUUGCGUCCAAAUUCCACUGGGCCAGUUGUCAGCUCGUCCUUUCUGGUAUUAAGUCAGAUAUUAGAAAAUCAAGACAAUGUGAAGUAAAGCUCGUGCUCACACUCCUUACAGGGGCUAUGAUCAUAAGAAAUAUCAGUGUGAUGUCUGCUCGGAGUUAGUGAUAUGUAAACUGUGGGGACAAAACUUCUGUGGCGGACUUACUGAUACAGCCCAGCAUACCUGGGCUCGGAGAAUCUUUUUUUGUGAUUGGUGGAGCGUGUCCACCAAUCAGGUGGUGCUGGGAAGGGGCUUGCCCUGCCCCUGCUGGGGGGGCUGGGGGGAGAGAGGAGAACCCCAGACCUGGUUGUAGCCUGCUCUUUGCAGGUCCGACAACACAUCCGGGCAGAGCCUCCAGAGUGAAUAAAAGGAGCUGCGUCCUCAGCAUGUGGCAGAUGCAUUGAGAGACAAAUAGGACAGGCAAAGAAGAGCUGGUGUGAGCUGGCCAGCGGGCAGAACCAGUGUCCUGAAAAGCCCGAAGAUGCCCCUUUGCGAGUGGGAGCAGUGAGUGGCUGUGUCCCCAGCUCCACCACAGGGAACGCAGCGUUGGUACACAUCUCAGCGCACGAAACCCAGACCUUGGGAGCUGCUUGAGGCGGCUCAGGUCUGCAACCCCC